CUAACUCUUGUACGUCUUAUUUUUUGGUUCACAAUAUAAUAUUCACAUAUUCUCCUCAUUUUUUUUGUCUAGAUAAAGAACAAACACAAGAAGCUCACUUUCAUCCGGAAGAGAAGAAGAAGAUUGAUCCAGAAAUGGAUUUACCAAAAUCCAUUCUACUACUCAUCUUCAGAUACUUUCUUUUCAUCUUCCAAAAUUUGCACCGGUUUUCAAUCUCAGUUACAUUCAUGUUCUUUCGAGAAACCCUUUCCAGGAUUUUCCAGGUUCCGAUCGUCAUCGCAUUUAUCGAUACAAUGCUGUCGCUUUAUUUUCAUAUGUGCAAUCUCUCGCCAUGCACCAUCGAUUUAGAUGACAAAACCACCAUGCAUUUCUGGGCCCCCCAGCACCGGAGAUUCAGCAAGCCUGAUCUGGUGAUUAUUCAUGGAUAUGGAGGGAAUUCCAGGUGGCAAUUUGUGUACCAAGUUGGUUCAUUAUCUAACAAGUUUAAUCUUUACAUCCCAGAUUUGUUAUUCUUCGGAAAAUCCUACACUACCAGGCUGGAGCGAAGUGAUUUUUUCCAGGCUGAUUGUGUAGUUGAAGGGCUGAAAAAAUUGGGCGUGGAGAGGUUUUCGCUUUAUGGCAUCAGUUACGGCGGUUACGUCGCAUACCGUAUGGCGGAGAUUUAUCCUCUGGUGGUUGAGAAGGUUGUGAUUGUGAGCAGUGGAAUUGGCUGCUCUGAGAAUCAAAAAGAAAGGCAUCUGAAAAGAAUUGGAAAACCUCUUCUGGGAAUUCUGGUUCCUCAAAGUCCUCAAGAUCUAAGGCUGCUGGUGAAUUUAUCAGUUUACAAUCAAAAUCACAUCAAUUGGGCCCCUGAUUUUAUGCUUCGCCAGUUCAUCAAGAUUAUGUAUGACAGUCAGAGGAAGCAGAAGCAGCAGCUGGCAGAGUAUUUGCUGUAUAAAGAAGCAAACAUAAGCGUUUUAUCUCAGGAAACUCUCCUAAUUUGGGGUGAUCAAGACAAUUUCUUUCCACUGGACUUUGCCUAUCAGUUACACAGCAACUUGGGACCCAAAUCAAGGCUGGAGAUCAUCAAGAACACAGGCCAUGCUGCAAACGUUCAAUCACCUUCACAACUCAACAGUCUAAUUAAAUCUUUCGUUUUGGGUCAGUUAUAGCUUGCUUGCUAUAUGUUUAAUGUUGAACAUUUUUCAUUCAAGCUUGUAGUGAGGCUAAAUCAAUGUUUGUUAGUCUUUACUUUUGUGAGCUAAGCUCUCCAUUUUCUAUUCAAGAAAAAUGCUUAAUGUAUACAAGAACUUACUAUCACAUA